AUGAAGUCCACCACCGCCAUCGUGGCCCUCGCUGCAGCCGUUCAUGCCUCUCCUCUCACCAAAAGAGAUGACAACAAGGUCACCGACGUCUGGGAGAACAGAGAUACACUCUGCAAAGGCUGGGUUCUCAACACACCAGAGGAAGCUGACACGCUCUGGACGAUGAAGACCAAAGCCGGCGAUCACCUUGAUAACUUCCUCCGUGGACAAUGGGAACACCAAAACAACUGGCUCAUCAACCUCGAGGACCGAGUCUAUCGCGGUACAGAUGGAAAGUCUGGCGCCGCGGGCUGCAGUGUUCUCGAUAAUGAUUGCAGCCCAAUGAAUAACAUGGAGUGCACGGAGCAGUAUGACAAGUACGGUACCGACGACCACCUUAGCAAAACGUCGUACUGGAUCUUCCAGGCUGCUAAGGGCAUGCACUCCAAGUUCAAGGCGCUCAAGACAAAGAUUACAGAGAAGACUAUCAUCAGCGGUCUCAGAAUCGGUCAGAUGGUAUCCGACUUUGGCGGCAAUGAGGACGACACUGGCGAUAUGGUCAAGUGGCUGGCUUCAGCUAGUGCAAUCGGCGGUGCUCUCAGUGGCCUCUCCGCGAAUCCUGGCUUCGGAGUAGGUCUUUAUCUCUUUGGCGGUAUCUUCUCUGCUUUUGGUAACCUCAAGCAAGAGGAGAUCGAUCAGGGCAGCAUCUCAGCUGGUUUGGCCGAUCUAUUCGAAGCAGCCGUCGACCGACUGGACGAAACCAUGCGCAUUGUUAUGGGCGGUGGGACAGAGGAACAAUAUAAUGCACUCAAGACGCCCAGCCCAGAUCCCUAUAAGCUUCCCGUUGCAAACUUCUUCAACGGCGGCUUUUUCCUCCUCAACGACAACGCUGAGGCUGUGCGGCUUGCCCUCAACUCUGUCUACGGGAACAUCCAGCCCAAGGUAGCCAACAACGUCAUGAAGGCUGCGCAGUUCUACCUCGUUGCCGAUAAGCGCCGUACAAGCCGUGAGGACUGCGGUUAUGCGACUGGCCGUCAGUGGAUGGCUCUUCGGGAGGGUGAAGAGUACUGCUUCUACAUCAUGCGUUACGAUCCUAAGCCUAAUCGUGUUGGGGAAUGGACUGAAGUCUCGGGCGAGGUGUAUGACAAGAUGGCUAGCUAUGGUCUUGGUAACAGAGAGGUUUACUACCGUGCUAUUCUGGACUGUGCGCUUAGUCCCAAUGACGAUGUUGACCUAGGGAGCUUGGUUGGUGGCAAGAUUCCGACCUGCUACUUUAAUCUUCCUGCUGUUUACGUUGAUCAGGAUCGAGAGGUUGGAUGCGGUGAUCCGUUCACUCCUCGUGAGUGCGAUUACAUCAGUGCCACGAAUAUCGAGUGA